UGUCAUAAAUUGACAUUUCAUGUCACCAAUCGUAAUUUCGUUUGCAGACUUCCAGUUUCAUCAUUUCCAAGCGAAAACACGCGCAAUCGAUAUUUUUUAUUCUCGUUUCGUUUCAUAAGACUGCGGCAGUCCGUGUGUGCGGUGUCUUCGUCUAGUUAAAGUUCAGUAUUCUAACCUUAGCUGAACUCUAGUUUACGGUCACCUUCCGUAAUCGGAAAGUUUAUUUGAAUCUAUUUCUAGUAUUAAAUUAUUUACCUAUGAUAGCGAGUCUGAUAAUAUAUUAAGCGAAUUGUAAUACGCGAGUGUUUUAUUUGUUGAAAAUCGUGAUUAGACUGUGAUAAUUGAUAUUCUGCGUCUGAGUACAAAGUCGGCAGAAUGGCUGAGACUAGAAUGAAUGGGCAUCAAGUACAUGAAGAACUUCCGCCAGGAUACAAGGUAGAAGAAAUUGAAAUUGAAGUACCAUGGGGCCACGUCGCUGGUCGAUGGUGGGGCCCACGUGACAAGCAGCCAAUCAUUGCCAUCCACGGCUGGCAAGACAAUGCAGGCACUUGGGACAAUCUCAUCCCCUUACUGCCCGUCACCACGUCAGUUCUCUGCAUAGAUUUGCCCGGUCAUGGUCUAUCAACACAUUACCCAACCGGUAUGCUUUACUACAUCUUCUGGGACGGCAUAGUUCUUCUAAGAAGAAUUGUCAAACACUUUGAAUGGAGUAACAUCACGUUAAUGGGUCACUCUCUCGGUGGCGCGCUCAGUUUUAUGUACGCAGCGUCCUUCCCUGACGAAGUAGCGAAAAUCAUUUGCGUUGACAUCGCAAGUCCAGCUGUUAGGGAACCCGCUUCAAUGGUAAAGAAUACAGGCGGGAGUAUCGAUAAAGUCCUCCAGUAUGAGAAUUUGCCAAUCGAUAAAGUACCUUGCUACGAUUACGAAGAAAUGAUCGAUAUUGUGUGCGAUGCGUACAAAGGGUCCAUCUCAAGAGAGAAUUGCAAGGUUCUUAUGAAGAGGGGUAUGAUGCCGACCCCAGCUCAUUUGAAGAAGCCAGGUUAUUUCUUCAGGAGGGACCCCAAACUAAAAGUAUCUGGUCUUGCAAUGAUGUCAAUAGAAACUGCUUUAGAAUACGCUGCUAAGGUCAAGUGUAAAGUUUUAAACAUUCGUGCUUUGCCUGGUGAAAGGUGGGAGAAGUUGGACUACUAUAUGAGCGUGAUUGAAAAGAUGAAGUCUUCGGCUGAUGUACGGUACGUGGAAGUUGAGGGAACUCACCACAUCCACUUAGAGGCUCCUCACAAAAUAGCCGAUAUCGUGGAAGAUUUCCUAGAAGAAUAUUAGUUCAGACUAGCUUUAUGCUAAUGUGAUAUUUUAUGUGAUGCGCAAACGCACUGUAGUUAGGCACAGUUGAGGAACUGUAGUAUUCAAGUAUUUUUGAAAGCACUUGUAUUUCCUGUAAUUUCUCUUCUUUUAAUUUAAAUUAAUCCGUCUUUGGAGUCGUAGUUCAAAAGAAACUGAACUUAGGAAUUCAAUCUAACCAAAUGCUAUUAAAAAUGUCGCUUCCACCAAAGUGCAACGGGAGUUGUAAAAUCAUCUAAAUACAAACUUAUUCAUAUCCUUUUAUGUUACCUUGUAUAGUGUAAGUAACGGGCUAUGAUGAAUGACAUACCUAAAUAAUAAAAAUAUAGUUAAAAUCUGUUUAUUGUCACAAAUAACUUACUUUAGGUUAUCGUCCUAUAGGAUAAGGAAUAUAAUUAAAUACUUACCUACAUGUAUAUAUGUAAUAUUGCGUGUAGAAAACACAGGCACGGUUUUUUUUAAAUGUCUCAGUCAACAAAUUACUUAAAGAAUUUAAAUUAACCUUGAAAUAGGUUAAAGAAAUGCUCUAUUUUGAAUUUGUAAUGCGAUGGUAAUCCGUAACGCAAGUCUUUUAUUUACGUAAUUAACAUUUUCUUUUGUAAGGUCAAUAAGGUUGUGUGACGUGGGAAAGAGAAUUUUAAAGGCAAAGUAAAAUAUCUUCGAUAUUUUUGUAAGGAACCUUGUGUCCGAAUAUUAAAUGAAUGAUGGCUUUUAUAGUGUAAUAAGAAAGAAUGAUGCUUUGGAAUAGCAAGAAUAAGUAAAUACAUAAUCCGUUGUUUUAAAUAUUGAGACAAGAAAGUGGACUAAAGUAACAUAAUUUGGUUCUUAGUUCCGCAUAAGGUAACAAAAAAAAUUGCUUAAAAAAUGUGUUAAAAAAGAAAAUUGUUCACGUAUGAAGGGAUAUAAUUUGUGUACCUAUGUUAUAUAUUAUGCAAGAAACUGUUAAGCAGAUGGGUAGUAUUUAUUUAACCAUUUAGUAGAGAUUCGUAAAUAUAAUGAUUAUAGCUAUUUGGGGGCGGCAAAUUCAUUGUACAAAUCAUUUUGACAUUAAGGGCCGAUUUUUCAAUCGCCGGAUAACUUUGAUCCGAAAACGAUUUUAACGUUUUUAAACAGCUGUUGCAUAGAAAACUAGUGGCACGGUACGUGCUUCGCUACGUAAAUAAAUAAAUAAUUGCUUGACCGAUUUUGUGGAAACUUCACAUAAACCAUCUACACAACAAUCCUACCUACGUAGAGAACGCCUAAGGCGUUAAGUCCGCCUUUGUACAUUGUUUUUGUAAAAUGUGUGCAAAAAGUAUAAUAAAAUAUAAAAAAUAAAACAAUCGAAACAAAGCCCAAACAUUUGGUUUGGAAAGGUGAGACCGUUCUUAAGUUAUAUUACAACAAAAAGUGAAAUGUCACUUAUUACUUCAAACUGCUAUGUUUAUUCCUCAGGUAAAACUUAUCGGUGAUUGAAAAAUCGACCUUAAUAGUACUGACAUAGAUUUCUACGUACAAAUAAGUAGGUGUGUAAUUCUAUUGUCAGUCCCGAUCACAAUGCAUGUACAUGAUCAGAAAAGUUGAUGAAAUAGUGUAAUUUUAUUCUAAUUAAGUUUUAAUUUAUUUGUUAGACGGCUAAGUGUAUUCAUUUGAGUGUAACUCGUUGCGUUUAACGUGAGCUAACGAUUUUUGUCUAGUUUGAAUGUCUGUGGUAAAUGUCCGAAAGUACUACUAACAUAUUAAUUAAUAACCAAUGAUAACUGUUAUUUCAUUAAUGGAAAGACACAUAAUAGUCUAAUGUUAGACGAAACCAGUAUAGAAGCUUCUUCAUCAUCGGCCUAGCCUUUUUCCAACUGUGUUUGGGUUGGCUUCCAGUCUAACUGGAUGCAGCCGAGUACCAGUGUUUUACAAGGAGCGACUGCCCUACCUGACCUCCUCAACCCAUGCAUUUAGUUUCGAAGCUACCAUUUAGUAUAGAAGCUACUUACAUUUAAAAAAACUUCUCCAAUUUUAAAUUCUUCCAAUCUGUUGAUAGUCACUUGUUCUCUUGUCUUCGACUUCUAUCUUUUGUAAUAAAUGCAGGAUUAUUUUGCUUCUGACAAAAACACUUUUUUGUGUUGCUAUUCAUUCCAUAAUUGUGACGUCAUAAUACAUGUUAUUACCGUUUCUAGGUUUAAAAAUAGAUAUUCCGUCGCAUGGGUACAAUUUAAGUGAUAACAUUAAAAUAAAUUACCUUUUUUGUAAUAAUUAUUAUAUUCUGGCUAGCUCAAAGAUUCAUGACACGAUUUUAAAUAAAUAACAAAAUAUUUUUAUAAUAUUAUAUGACACAGCUUGGUAGAAAAAUACCAUUGGCACCAUAACGAUUUAUUAAAAUUAUUUAUUUUGUAACAAAAAACUGUAGUAUUAAAAUUCACAACGUUAAAUAAAACUGUUAAACUUA